AUGACACCUCCACCUAAGCCUCCCCGUGUUGAAGUCAACAACCUCUCAUACACUUUUCCCGACUACUCGACUGGUGUCAACAACAUCACUUUGGAUCUCCCUCCGCGGUCUCGUACCCUUCUGAUCGGUGCUAAUGGAGCUGGUAAGACAACUCUGCUUCGUCUUCUUGCCGGCAAACGUCUUGCGCCCAGUGACACCAUCUCUAUUUGCGGUGUAGAUCCUUUCAAAGAGGGUCUUGAGGGUGUCACUUAUCUUGGUCUGGAAUGGGUUCUCAACCCCAUUGUUCGAACCGACAUCGGCGUCAAUGAGUUGCUCCGCUCUGUUGGUGGCGAUGCAUACCCUGAUCGACGAGACGAGCUCGUCGCGAUGCUUGACGUCGACACUAAUUGGCGUAUGCAUGCUGUUUCAGAUGGUGAGCGCCGCCGAGUCCAGCUUGCCAUGGGUCUACUGAGGCCGUGGACGGUUCUACUCCUCGAUGAGAUCACUGUCGACCUCGACGUUCUGAGCCGUGCCGAGUUUCUAGCCUGGCUCAAGCGUGAGACGGAGAUUCGAGAAUGCACCAUCGUCUACGCCACUCAUAUUCUGGAUAACCUUGCCGGUUGGCCGACUCAUCUUGCCCAUAUGCACCUUGGUACUGUCAAGGAGUGGGACGAGGCUGACAAGAUGCUCGCCACCAUCGAUGGUACUGUGGGUGCCUCUGGCAAUAGCCGUCUCGGAGAGCUCGUCCUGAGCUGGCUUCGAGAGGACUUGAAGGAGCGAGGGCCACGGAGCAACAUGAAACGUGGCCCUGAAGGCAAGACCUACGGGUUUGGAGGCAUCCAGAUCGGUGGUUAUGGCGACGAGUCGAAGCAGCGUGAAGCCUAG